AUGUCUUUCGCCGCCCGCAACCUCGUCCGCAUCUCCCGGGCUGCUGCCCCUGCUUUCCCUCGCACUGCUGCUCGAUGCAUGUCCGUCACUGCUGUGAACCGUGUCCACGACACCGCCAACAAGAAGAGCGUUGUUCGUGAGAAGGAGGUCCCCGUCACCGUCUACGGCGCUGGCCAGGGCACCGGCGACAAGCACACCGUCAACGUCACUGAGGGUGCUUCUCAGGUCCCCCACGACAGCCCUGCCCCCCCUGCCGAGAACGAUGCUGUCCAGCCCCUCACCCGCAAGGUCUACGACCAGCUCCCCUACACCAUGCGCAACAUGAGCGUCUAUGGCAAGACCAUCAUCAUCACUGGUGGUGCCCGUGGUCUUGGCAACUACAUGGCUCGCGCCUGUGCUGAGGCUGGUGCCAAGAACCUCGUCAUCUUCGAUGCCAACCAGGAGCUUGGUGAUGAGGCUGCUGCUGAGCUUCACGACAAGACCGGUCUUCCCGUCUCCUUCUUCAAGGUUGAUGUCCGUGACGGUGCUGCCAUCAACGCCGCCGUCGAGGAGGUCGUCGAGCGCUAUGGUGCUCCUGACGUCCUUGUCAACUCGGCUGGUAUCGCCGACUCCAACAUCAAGGCCGAGACCUACGACCCCGCCAUGUUCCGCCGACUCAUCGAUAUCAACCUUACCGGAUCCUUCCUUAUGUCUCAGUCUGUCGGCCGUGCCAUGAUGGCUGCUGGCAAGCCCGGUAGCAUUGUCCUCGUCGCCUCCAUGUCUGGAUCUAUCGUCAACUACCCCCAGGAGCAGAGCUGCUACAACGCCUCCAAGGCCGGUGUCAUCCAGCUUGGCAAGUCCCUCGCUGCUGAGUGGGCCAAGUACGACAUCCGAGUCAACUGCAUCUCCCCCGGCUACAUGGACACUGCCCUCAACCGAGUUCCCGCUCUCGAUGCCCAGAAGAAGAUCUGGAAGUCCCUGACACCCCAGAACCGCCUGGGCAACGUCGACGAGCUCAACGGCCUCUGCGUGUUCCUCGCCUCGGACGCCUCCAAGUUCAUGACGGGUUCCAACUGCAUCAUCGACGGUGGUUACACUUGCUACUAA